GAAGCUUUCAAGUAUUUUCAAUACACUGGUUAUCUCUAUAUAACUUUUGUAAGUCAUAGCCCUUCACAGUUCUCAUUAGGCUUUCCUGAGCCUUAACAUUGUCAUCAUAUUAGGGUUUCCUGAGGCUUGAAAAUCAAAUUCAUCAUCAUUAUGGCACCACAUGGAGAGGCCAUUGUUAGGAACUCUUCCAAUACCCUACACUCGUGCAAACCCUCAAAGAACAAUAACCUGCAAAGAACAAUAUCUGACAUAUCUUUCGAGCUAAGCAAAGAGGCUGCAGACUUGGAAAAUCUGCCACCGAUUUCUGAAAUUGAAGAUGCGAAAUGCGAAUGCUGUGGCAUGAGCGAAGAAUGCACUCCCGAGUAUGUAGGCCAAGUGCGCGAUAAGUUCUUCGGGAAGUGGAUUUGUGGGCUUUGCGCCGAAGCAGUUAAAGAAGAAACUGAUAAAAAUGGUGGAAAUAGAGAGGAAGCGUUGAAUUCUCAUAUGCAUGCAUGCGUUAGGUUUAACAAAUUUGGAAGGGCUUAUCCAAUUCUUUAUCAAGCUGAAGCCAUGAAAGAAAUCUUGAAGAAGAGACAAGUUAGAUGCCAAUCCAUGGGUGCUAGAGAUAAUACUGAUGCAACAAAGAAGGGUGGAAUUGUUAGGAGUUCAAGCUGCAUCCCUGCCAUUACUAGAGAUAUGGAUGAUCUUUCAAUGGAAAAUUAGUAGUUAUUUUUACAUUCAUAUGUAUUUUAUCAAUUAUUAAUCUACCAAUUGUAAACUUCAUAAAGUUGGCUUGGAUUGUAUUUGAUUUUUAAUUUUCUUAUGAAGUUUUUGGUUACAGA